UAGUAUUGCGACAGCAAUUAACUUAAUUAACUUAAUUGUGUAUUUUGCUAAUUGAUAAUUGAAUUAGUUUAACAGAAAAAGAGUGAAAAAAAAUCGAAACGAAACGAAGAAAAAAAAAAACAAAACACCAAUCAAUUACCAACAUAUGGCAAAUAGUCUUAAAAAACGGAAAACCGACACAAGCCACCGUAACCAAGGAAAUUAAUUUUAAUUUUAAAUAAAAUAGUCAUCGCCAUCAACUAAAGCUAAAGAUAAAUAACCCUGUCUGAUGAAACUGCCAAAGGCAAACUAAACAAAAAAUUGUGUUGAAAACCCAACAAAUUUUGUUAAAAAGUGAUGCUGAAUUGAAUUGGCUUGGAGCAGCGCGCGCGUUACUUCCUUGCAAACCUUAGGAAAUAAACUGGCUAUGCUUUUUUCCGCUUGCGUGUGCCAUUGCCAAUAGAAACGUACAAAUAGCACAGUGACAAUUUUCUUAAUUAAUUGAUACAUAAUUAAGUUAUUUGCCGCUCGCAAGGAAAUCCAAUACUUAUUUGUUAAUUAGCCAUUAGGCGAGCAACAUUGAUUUAUUUAUUUCGCACGGCAUUUUGUGUUGGCAGCACGAGCAGCGACGGCAAUGUUGAAUUAUACACACCAGCAGCAACAGCAAACACACUCACAACCAACAAUGCCAUCAAUUAUGGCCAGCUUGGUGGGCGAUAAUGGCAGCAGCACAGUGACAUCUUCCUGUGAUGCUAAUGCAACAUCUUUGGGCGAAAAUGGAGUCCAGCAAUUUUAUAGCAAUUCUUCACUUAGCCAACAGCAACAGCAGCAACGACAUAGCCAAGGAGCUGCUCAGCAGCCUCCUGUCUCCUUGGCCUCCUUGACAUCUGCUGUUGACGCAAACUGCUCUUCCCUGCAGCAUUUACACUGUUUAGCCCACCACAACAAUAGCAAUUACGUUAACACAUCGUUGGCAGCUACAGGCUUGGUGAUGGUGCCGGCGGUGGUUGCAACGGCAAAUUCUUCCAAUAGCAACUCAUCUCCUUCAUUAUCGCCAACAGCUGUUGCUGGUGCAUCAGCAACCUCCUUGGCCCUUCACUCACAGCUGUGUGCACCAAACACCAUUGGCAAGCCCUUGUCAUCGCCCUCAGCCUGUUUGUCGGCAAAACUUUCCAGCUCUUUGACUUUGGCUGCUUCACCUGUGGCCACUGCUCCCUCAACCACCGGCACCAUUCACAACACAGGCUCAGCCUAUUCCUCAUCCUUUCUGUUGGACAAAGGCUCGGAAAAUGUGAAACGUUUCUCUGUCAACAAUUUAUUGGAAAUAGCUGCCGUACAGGACUGCCAUCAGCAGCAUCAUGGACACAAUCUGAUUGCAAGCAAAUUGCAAAUGCAUCACCACCAUCAUCAGCAUCAGCAACAACAACAACAUCAGCAUCUACACCUUGAACUGCAACAACAUCAACAACAACAGUCAAAUCAACAACUGUCCAUCAUUUCACCAUCACCUGGGGAUAAUUUGGAUGACACCUUUCGUAAUGAGUUUGGAUCCACUUCAUCAUUGGCCAAUGACAUUAUUGCCGAUCAUCAUCAGCAUCGUCAGCAACAGCAUGGCCUGCAUCAGCAUGAUGCACCUACGUCACCACAUUCUAGCCGCAAACCACGACGUAAUCGCACCACUUUCUCAUCCGGACAAUUAACAGCAUUGGAAAAGGUUUUCGAACGCACACACUAUCCGGACGCAUUUGUGCGUGAAGAAUUGGCCACCAAAGUGGGCCUUAGUGAGGCACGCGUUCAGGUGUGGUUCCAAAAUCGACGAGCCAAAUUUCGUCGUAAUGAACGCAGUUCGACCACAGGACGACCUUUAAUCACCACCACUCCACAGCCAGUGCCACCGAUAACAACAGCGCAUAAAUUCUCGCCCGAAAAAGGGGCGGUGCUGCUGCAGCAGCAAAUGAAUUUGGCAGCUCAUACACAUCACUCACAUCAUCAUCACCAUGCAGCUGCUGCAGCCGCCGCCUAUUCAUUGAGUUUUCCCUCGGCACUGGGCAUGUAUGCGUCCACCAAGAACUAUGUCAACAGUUCGUACAAUACCUUUGCUGCGGCUGGGGGAUCCACAGCUACCGAUAGCCUGGCAGGGCCCUGUGGAUUCUUUCCCACCACAAACUACUGUGGACCCAAUUACCAAGCCAACUAUUCAUCGCUGCGCUAUAAGGCGGCCCAAGGCUUUUCGGCCCUCUGACCAAUAGUUCAACAUCAAUUUUAUCUUUAAGUGCAAUCUUAGUCAAUUUUUUUACAAAAAGUUAUAUACAUAGCUUUUAUUUAUUUUGUUGCAUUUUCGUUAAUAAAUCA